AUUACAAAAAUCCCAGGAUGGCAAAAACGAAGGAAAGAUACAGAAUGCACAUUUCCUGGAUGGUUGGGUUAUGUUUUUUGUUGAUUGGCAAUGGAAUUCAACGCUCUCCUGGAAAUGAUAGGAGUGCGGGUCCUUCCCUUGAGCAGCCUUACCGAACUGCCUUCCAUUUCCAACCUCCCAAAAACUGGAUGGGCGACCCGAAUGGACUAAUGUAUCACAAUGGAAUUUAUCAUCUGUUCUAUCAAUACAAUCCUUAUUCUCCAACUGGAUCCUUCUUUAACAUGACAUGGGGUCAUUCAGUUUCAUAUGAUCUUGUUAAUUGGAUUCAUCUUGAACCUGCACUCAAUACGGAUAAACCUUACGAUGCCAAAGGUUGCUGGUCCGGUUCAACCACGUUACUCUCUGAGGAAAACCCUGUUAUUCUGUACACUGGAGUUGACAAUGAAGGUAUUCAGACUCAAAACUUGGCAUGGCCUAAGAACCUAUCUGACCCAUUUCUUCGAGAAUGGGUGAAAUCUCCUCAGAAUCCUCUCAUGAGCCCCAUUGAUGAUAUUGAUCCGGAGUAUUUUAGAGAUCCGACAACUGCCUGGAAAGGUCCUGAUGGGAAAUGGAGGGUUCUAGUGGGUAACCAGAUGAAUGGACAUGGGCAGGCAUUUCUAUAUACAAGCGAAGACUUUGUAAGAUGGACUAGGAGCAAGAAUCCUUUUUACUCAUCCAACAAUACUUUGAUGUGGGAGUGUCCUGAUUUUUACCCUGUGAGCAUCAAUAGCAAGUACGGAGUUGACACCUCUUCACAGGAAAAAUUCACCAGACAUGUCCUGAAGGCAAGCAUCAAUCUCAUCUUUCAUGAUUACUACAUACUUGGAAACUACUCGGCAGAAACAGAUCAUUUCUCAGUUGAUACAGAUUUCAAAGGUGAUGCUUCUGAUUUGCGGUAUGAUUAUGGGAAAUUUUAUGCUUCUAAGACAUUUUUUGACAGUCCUAAGAAGAGGCGAGUCUUGUGGGGAUGGGUAAAUGAGUCUGAUACUGUGUCAGGUGACAUCAAGAAAGGUUGGUCUGGCCUUCAGGCAAUUCCUAGAAGUAUUCUGCUAAGUGAAAAUCAGAAGCAAUUGAUUCAGUGGCCAAUCAAGGAAAUAGAGAAACUGCGGAAAAAGAAGGUGAGCUUCACAGAUAAGGAGCUUAAGGGUGGAUCGGUACUAAGAGUUCCUGACAUUACAGCUUCACAGGCGGAUGUAGAAGUUUCAUUUGAUUUGCGGAGUUUAACAGAGGCUGAACUGAUGGAUACGAGCUGGAAUGACCCUCAACUGCUCUGCAGCCAAAAUACAGCUUCUGUUAGAGGCAAAGUUGGACCAUUUGGGUUAUUGGUCUCGGCUUCCAUGGGAUUGAAGGAACAAACAGCAGUUUUCUUUCGCGUAUUUAGAAGCAGUCAUGGCAAACAUGUUGUUCUUAUGUGUACUGAUCAGAGCAGGUCGUCUUUGAGGAAAGUGCUUGACAAAACCACAUAUGGGGCUUUUAUGGACGUAGACCCUAUCCAUGAGAAGAUUUCACUGAGAACAUUGAUUGAUCAUUCAAUCAUUGAGAGCUUUGGUGGGGAAGGUAGAAGUUGCAUCACUGCUAGGGUUUACCCAGAGUUGGCCAUUGGUGAUGAGGCAGAGCUGUAUGCAUUCAACAAUGGCACUCUAGAUGUGUACAUCUCAAGCCUCAAUGCUUGGAGCAUGAAGAAGGCUCAUCUGGUUUCUGCCAAGGAAGAAGCAAGUCAACAAUUUGAUUGAACCCAAAAUCCAACAUAUGUAGACAAAAAAAAUAAAAAAAAAAACACGUA